AUGUUUGGUGAGGACAACUUAGCUCAUUGGUAUCAGCAUUUUGACAGCCGUGGGAAUGUCAUUCAGAUACCUGUCCAACGUCAUGCGAGUCAACGCAGAGCAGUCAAUCCUUCCACCCUCCAAUGGUACCUCUAUAUUGGUGCAGGCUGUGCAGCAGACAAUAUUGGAUCACCUGAUUGUGAAGAUCAGCACUGCGAGAUUAUGAGAUUGAGAAUAGGAUGUCAGUUUUACAAAACAGGACAAGGAACGGUGGUAGAGUGGUUGAUCGACAUAAUGUGUUGGUUAAAGUCAUUUCAAAUGGCAAAAGAGAGAUUUGAGGCAAUGGAUAUCGAUCCCUACAAGUUGAAAUUUUAUUACAGGAGGGAAAGAGAUGGGCUAGCCUAUAGCUUGCCAAGUUGCUCCGAGGAUGCUGGCCUUUAUCCUUGCAAAUAG